CUUAACGAUCUAUCAUGGCGGUAGAACUAGAUAAAGCGCAAUGUGCGGUUGGCGGGGUCAUAAGCUUGAACGUCCUUGCUCUGAUCGCUACAUACUUCACUAACAUCGACGAAAGGACCAAGUACCGCUAUCUAAUAGCUCAGUUCUUUCUCAUAUCGCAAUCUUUCUUGUUUUUUGUUGCACGAUUUGUUUGGCUCCGUGUUGGCCCUCCGUUGUUCAAGUCACCCAACUUCUUAGCAAGAAUGCUAAUGUAUUUGGUUGGCAUGAUUCUUAUUCUUGCACAAUGCAGCUUGUUUGUUGGUACAAUAUUUGCAGGCAUUGAACCAGCGUGGAUUUCUCUGGUGACUUUUAUUUGUCUUGGAGUAACUGGAAUAAUUGGGACGAUCUACGUCGUGUUUGAUACUUCACUGUGGAUAUUCUCAUCACUCAAUAGAUAUCUCUUUGGCAUUACUCGGGUUCGUGAAAUGCGCCCUAGACCAAAAAUAUUUAUCGUUCUUGUGUUAUCAUUUACGCUUUCUGGCUUUUCCAUCUGGAACGGUUACAAACAGCCAAGUGUUAGAUCACUGGAAGUCCCAUUGAAGAAUCUGCCUGUUGAAUUCCAUGGGACUACCCUGGUUCACUUAUCAGAUAUCCAUGUUGGUCAAACCGUGGGCAGAACAAUGCUAGACGAAGUUGUCAGAAGAACUAAUAGACUGCGACCAGAUAUUGUUGUUCUAACAGGAGAUGUUGUUGAGGCAACAGUAUUCCAGAUACGACAUGCUUUGAGGCCAUUGAUGAAGCUAAAAACAAAGUAUGGAAUUUAUUUUGUAACAGGUAACCACGAGUACUAUACUGGAGAUGUCGACAACUGGAUGAAAGAGCUGUCCUUCAUGGGGAUAACAGUUUUACAUAACUCGCACUCAACAGUUCAUCACCCGAAGAGGCAUACAUCAAUGCUCUGUUUAGCUGGUGUUGAUGAUAUAGAGGGGAAAUUUUUUAGAUCUGGGGAUCAUGGUAUGCAACUGGAGAAAGCAUUAGCAGGGAUCAAACCACACACAGCCACCAUCCUACUAGCGCACCAGCCUAAAGCAGCCAAACAGGCCCUGGAUCACACGCACCAGGUUGGCUUGGUACUGUCUGGACACACGCACGGUGGUCAAUUGCCACCUCUUCACGUGUGGCACUGGUUUCUUCAGCCAUACUUCUCUGGCCUUUAUAAGCAUGGCCGUGGGCCAUAUGUCUAUGUGAGCAGUGGGGUGUUCUACUGGGGUAUGCCAAUGCGGAUGUGGUCACAUGCUGAAAUUGCCCAUAUCACACUUUUAACAACACCCAUAGUACAAUAGAAUUAUAUAAUUAUAUUAAGUGGAAGUAACUCAGGGUAAAAUGUUUCACAAAUAUGGAAAGUCUCAUGAACAACCAAAAGUGUAAUAAUUCUUUCUUUGAUUUCAAUUGUCAUGUCUGUAUUGCACAAUAUGUAUAAAUUGUCAGAUUUUUUUUUAUUAUCAGAUACAUUGUGAUUUUCACAGAAAACAUAUUUAUUGAAGCAUUUUCAAAAUGUCUAUCAAAUAUUUGAAAUUGAAGGAAAAAAACAUAACUUGUAUAGAGCUGAUUGUCAUUCUUGCUGCUUUGUAUUUUGUUAUUGAAAUUUGUUUUGUUCCCUAGCAAAAUACAGACUCCUAAGAAUAAAAUGAUGGUUGAAGGCUUUCAUA